AUGACUCCCCAGUCACACUUUGGGGUUUGCCUGUCGUUACUGUGUUAUUGUUUUGUUGUCUGGACUUCUGCAGCUAGCCUGGACGACUUUCGCGCGCGGACAGUAUACCAGGUAUUGACAGACCGAUUCGCGCGUCCUGCUGGAGCGCCCAACUCGGACUGCGAUGUCACAGGAGGGAAGUACUGUGGUGGGACAUGGAAGGGCAUCACACAAAAUCUGGACUACAUCCAAGGCAUGAACUUUGAUGCCAUUUGGAUAUCACCCGUGGUUGAGCAACUCACCCAAUCCACCAUCGAUGGCGAAGCGUAUACCGCAUAUUGGGCACAAGAUUUGUACGCCCUGGAGCCAAACUUCGGCACCGAAGAUGACUUGAAAGAUUUGGUUCAGGCUGUGCAUGAUCGUGGCAUGUACAUCAUGUUGGAUGUGGUGGUGAAUCACAUGGGAUAUGCUGGUGAAGGCUUGGAUGUCGACUACAGCGUCUUCAAUCCUUUCAACGACCAGAAGUACUUCCACCCCUACUGCGAGAUCAACGACGACACGAACCAAACAAACGUUGAACAAUGUUGGCUCGGUGACAAUAUUGUCGCUUUGGCCGAUCUUCGAACGGAAGACGAUGACGUUCGACAAAUGUACGGCGAAUGGAUAUCUGAGAUGAUCCGUAACUACACCUUUGAUGGGCUGCGACUGGAUACCGCCAUCAAUGUCGAGCCAGAAUUCUUCGAAGGCUUCGUCAAAGCAGCGGGCGUGUUCGCUACUGGCGAGACGAUGGAUGGCGACAACAAAUUUGUCUGUCAAUGGGCCAACACCAUUGGAAGUGUUCUCAACUACCCAAUCUACUACCCACUGACUCGGGCGUUCUCCAACCCACAAGGCAAUAUCAACGAUCUCGUCUCAACGAUCUAUACAAUGAAGGAUAAUUGCUUCGACCCCACUGCAUAUGGUCUUUUCAGCGAAAACCACGACGUCGAACGAUUCGCUUCGAUUACUGAGGACAUGUCGCUCGCAAAGAACAUCAUCACUUAUACCAUCAUGGGCGACGGAAUCCCCAUCAUCUAUCAAGGCCAGGAACAGCACAUGUCCGGUGGCACAAAUCCCUACACCAACCGUGCUCCUCUCUGGGAAACCAAAUACGAUACUGACUCCGACUUGUACAAACAUACUGCGACCUUGGUCCAAGCCCGCAAGCACAUUGUCCAGUCCAGCGGGAACUACACGACCUACAUAAGCGAUGUGAUCUAUCAAGAUUACCACACUUUUGCGAUGCGCAAGGGCUUUGAGGGUGGGCAGGUCAUUACAGUCCUAACCAACAACGGCGUCACUACCGACGACUUCGAAGUCUACGUCGAGGGUCACGACUACCAGCCUGGAACGCAACUUACGGAGAUAUUAACCUGUACCAAUGUCACAGUCAAUAGCACGGGAUGUCUCACGGUUCCGAUGGGUCAAGGGUUGCCCAAGGUCAUCUACCCGACAUUACAGUUGAACAAUUCCGGACUCUGCGGCUGGCCAGCGCCGCCUCUAUCGCCAUCAAGCACCGCCGUCCCAACAGCACACCCAACAACCAUCAAUGGACAGACUACGAUGAUAGCAGCCGACCCCACUGGUGGUAGUUCCGCAACCGGAUUGCGCCCAGAGAAUACCAAGCUCGCACUCGGACCUGCUGGCCGGCAACAAACCCCCAUCACGACGCCACUGCUUGUCGCUGCACUAUCGAUUAUCAUAUCUGCAUCAUCGGCGUGUCUGUUCUGGAGGUAG